UGAAAAACAAGGUUUUUUUCUCUGACCGGGACAGUUUCUGCAGUGAAACGGCCUUCAGACAUGCAGCCUGACAACAUCUCCACAUCAUCUCAUCUCCCAUCAUGUCAGAGUCAUGUGUCAGUCAGUGCUCCUGCUUUUGUGUUGGACCUGCACGAUUCCAGUUCUCCAGACUUGCAGAGAAAAAAAGCCAGAAUUGAUUCUUCAGAUAAUAGAUCAGCUAUCACCUGCUUUGGUAAAGUGACUGUGACUCUUGAUCGAGAAGUUGUAUCGGAUGGAUGCUGUUCAAAUGAGAAGGAAGCAAGUGAAUCAGCUUAUAAAGUUUUAUGGCAACAUUUAUGCAUCGAUGCUUUAAGUGAAGGUCAGACAUACAAGUCAGCCAUUCUGGAAUAUUUCAACAAACAUGGCUUCCAAAACCCGGCAGAAGAGUUUGUUCAAAAUGACGACGACACAACCAUCUGCAAACUGAGACUCAGCGGCGCUUUUAUUUUUCAUGACACAGUCGGUUCCACCAAGAAGAAACAGGCAGAGCAACAGGCGGCUGAAGUUGCUCUGAAACAUCUAGCAAAAAUCCUCAACCGUGGUCCAAUAUCAGAAACUGAGAAAAACUUUAAAGGUGUUCUGAAGGAGAGUUUAGAAACACAUGCUCUCAGCGCUCCUGUUUAUGACACAGACAGUAAAGACGUUCCUGGAGGAACCGGCCCAGAACCUUCAAACCUUUGCGUCAUUCAGACACCAGUGAAACAACCUUCAGUCCUCUCCACAUCAUCUCAUCUCCCAUCAUGUCAGAGUCGUGCUUCUGUGUCUGUGUUGGACCCUCAAGAUUCCAGUUCUCCAGACUUACAGAGAAAAAAAGCCAGAAUUGAUUCUACAGAAAUUGACAUGCUGCUCACCGUAUGGAAUCUCAAACCGCCACAUGUGAAGGUCGAGAACAUUGAGUAUGAUGAGAACUUCAAAUGUACUGUGGAAAUCAACUUGGAAAAUUUUACUUUUACAAACAAACAAGGCUAUGACACCAAGAAGAAAGCCAUUCACAAAACCUACAUGUUAUUCGGCUGCGCAAUGGGAAUUUUUGAAGCUAGUAUAGAUGAAAAGACAUCCAGUUUGCAAGUAAAGCAGCACUUCUCUCAGAAAUCUCUCGCCCUUCCUCAGGAAGAUGUUGAAGGUUCUGCAAAGGCAUUCUGUUGCUCACUAAAGAACAUAACUUACAGUGUUAUCUAUGAGGAACAAGGGCCUUCAGAGUGCGAAGCCAAGUUACUUGUUCUCAAGAAAGCUCUAGGUGCACUAUCACCUUUAUUUGACUAUACAUCACUAACUGCAGCGAAUAGUCCUGAAAAAGUGCAGGAUCAACUGAGCUUCAUGUUAAAGGGGGCUGAUCAGAAAGAUCCAGUGAUCUCACUGGACGGGUCGCUGGUGAAGACCUCCAUCCGGCUGAAUUUCACGGAUCAUACAGUCAAGUGCACAUGCAAAAGCAGCAAGAAAGCUGCUCGGAAUCAUCUCAGUUUACGCAUACUGAGCCUGCUGGGGGUGAAGACAGACUCAGACAGUCAGUCUCUGAGAAACCGUUUAGAUGAGUGGUUUAAACAGCAGAAUCUAGCGCAGCCUGUGUUUGAAGACACUGAAGAAGCCCUCGGAGCAAAAGCGACAUUCUCUGUUCAGUUCACCUGCUGUAGUCCAGGUUGGGAGAACAGCUGGGAAACAGCGAAAAAGAAGCUGGUUGAAGAACUCAAGCAGAGAUUUCAGUUUCUAAACGACUAAAACACAAAAAAUCUGAUAUCUGCCACAAAUGUUUUUUUUGUAUGAAUGGAGUAUUUGACUUAAUCCGGUUGUACUUUAAGAAAAAUGCACAUGUCUUUGAAAUAGAAUUUUUUAGGUGGUAAAACACAGUAAACUUUAAUUCAUUCAAGAGGGCUUUAAAAACAAACACACAAAAGUUACUUUAAUUAGGAGCUUUAAUAUUCUUGGAUGAAACCAUUUUUAAUAUUUAUAACAAACAACGGUUGGUACAACAUUCAUGUUGACUACAACUCAAUAAUGGACCAUCAGUAUACUUUAUAUCAGUGCUGGAAAUUUGUAAUGCGAUGUGCAUCUGUGCAAUUGACAAAUGGUGUAUUUGUCUUUUUCUACUGUUUUAAGAACAUAUGAAUUCUGAAAUGUGAGCUUCAAAUGUUGAUCUCAAUUGCCCAUGAAUUGUUUGUUUCACACUGUGGAUUGUGCAAUUUUAAGGCUAUAAUAAACUAAUAAAGCUAAUAAACAAAACAUUUAC